UGUCGGAGUACACUAGAGGAAACCACGUGUUUGAAGAUUUCUUCUUUUCACUUAGCUCUCUUAUACUGGACACUUGCUGAUCUUACUAGAAUAGGUGAGAGGUAUUUAUGUCCAAUCUUAAAUGUUUCUGAGCAUACACUUGUGGUGGAAAUAUACACUCUGGGAAAGAAGUAGAAGAGGCUCUGGAAUCUCCUGACACACAUAAUGAAGCUGGAAGAACCUCAAAUAAAAUCAAAAGCUGUCCAGCAUCCCCAGCUGAUCCCUUGGGUUUUCGCUGUUGUUUUCAUCUCACUCCUCAGUGCUUGCUUUAUCACAAGUUGUUUCGUGACUCAUCGCUACUCUUUACAUGGGAAGAGAGGAGGAGGGACGAAGUUAUAUGACUACCACACAAGGCUAACGUGCAUCCGAGAGGAGCCGGAGGUGGGAGCUACAGGUACCUGGACCUGCUGCCCUGUCAGCUGGAGAGCCUUCCAGUCUAAUUGUUACCUUCCUCUUAAUGACAACCAGACCUGGCAUGAGAGCGAGCGGAACUGCUCAGGGAUGGGCGGUCAUCUGGCGACCAUCAACACGGAAGCAGAACAGAACUUUGUGACUCAGUCUUUGGAUCGACGGUUCUCCUAUUUCCUGGGACUUACCACUGAGAACAUGGAGGAUCAGUGGCAGUGGGUGGACAAGACGCCAUUUAACCCACGCAUGGCGUUCUGGCAAGAUGGCGAACCCAGCAGCAUCAUGAAAGAAAACUGUGUUGUCCUUGCUUAUGAUCAAGAUAAAUGGGCCUGGAAUGACAUUCUUUGUCACCUUAAGGAGAGAAGGAUUUGUCAGUUAACUGGAGCAACAUUCAUUUGGAAGCCCUUAAAGUGAUCACUAUGAUCGAGAUGGCUAAGAUGAACCUAUCAGACCCCAGGAAAGUGUCUCCACAUCAUAGAAAUGGAAAGCAUACUGGUCAUAGGGCACUUUCCACCAUGAGGAUGUUCUUCAUUAUUUUUGCUUAAAAUUGAUACAAUAUACAUAGUGUGGUUUGUGCUCUCUCUGUGUGUACACAUACUCACAUUUUUUAAGAUAGUGAGGUUUGGUGUGGUGUUUUGGUAGAAGAAUAAUCAUCAUUCUAUGUACAAACCAAAAGCUUAUCUAUGUAGAAAUCCAGUUGUCAAUAAAAUAUGACGUCUCUGUGAUUUUCUUCACUGUCUCUGCAA